AUGACAUUCAAGAUGUUCCUUUUACUACUUUUUGUUUUAUAUUCUAACGCUGAGAGGUUGUGUAUUCCUAUAGCAGAAAAUUGUCUUGAUGGAUAUAUAGACGAAUUUGGAGAACCAACUCAACCAAUAAAUUGUCGUGAAAUUUCUGUGAAACAAAAUUUUAUUUAUUCUAGAACUUGUUCAGAACAAUUUAAUAUUAUUCCAACAAUUUUUAUUAGUGAUAUUCUUUCUUUUACUAUUGAACAUGGAGCUCUUGAUAAUGGAGAAAUUUUGAUAUUUGAAGAAUAUAGUACAGUACUUAUACGAGGAGAUUACUCAAUAUUUAGUAGCGAUAAUAUUCAUUUAAAUAAGUAUUGUCAAUUAACUUUUGAUAAUGCAUUAACGCUAAUAAAUGCAAAUAUCAUUCUUCAAAAUUCUCAAGUUUUUACCGUUAAAGAAACGUUAACAAUAAAUAAUUCAAAUUUAACAAUUCAUGAUGCACAAAUUGUAGUUGAAAAUGUAUCAACAGGUAAAUUGAUUAGUUAUAAUUCUACAAUUCAUAUGCUUGAAAAUUCACUCUUUUAUAUUUCUCAAAUAAAAUUAACUCAAUCAACAUUAUUCACAUUAAACUCUCCAGGAAUUAGACAAUUAACAUCAUUAGUACUUAUCAAAUCAUAUUUUUUAAAUACAGAUGGAGAUUUAUUAUUUAAUAACGCUCAUUUAGAAUUAUAUGAUAAUUCAAUAUUAACUCUUCGACAUGGAAAAUUAUUAUGUUUUAGAAGUAACGUUACAAUUUAUAACAGUUCUACUAUUUUUCUUGAAGAACAAGCAUCUAUUAGUAAUGCAAUAUAUUUUAACGCUUUUGGUACAUCAUCAGUUAUUAUUGGUGAAAAUUCUAAAAUGCAUACUAGUAAGUCAUUUUGCCUUUAUAAUUUUUCAAAGUUAAUAAUGAAAGAUAAUAGUCAAGUUACAUCGUCUACAGGAUUACAACUUAAUGACGAUAGUAUUAUGGAAGUAUCACAACAUUGUUAUUUUACAACGCCAAAAGUUAUUCUUAAAAACAGAACCAAAAUUUUAUUAGAAGACUCUUAUUUUAUUUCACAAAAAAGUGGACAAAUUAUAUUAUUUAAUGACUCACAAUUAUUAUUUAAUAACGUAAUAAUUUCUACUGAACCAUUGAUGAAUGUUAUUCUUUAUAAUUCAAGUAUAUUUCGUAUUAAAAGUUCAUCUUCUUUAUUUGCAAGUCUGUCUAUUUAUGACAAUUCAACGUUAUUUCUUUCUGAUUCUUCUAUUUCUUUAAAUUCUAUCGAAGGACAUGAUAAAGGUAUAAUCGAUAGUAAACAUAAUUCUAUUCGUUCUACAUUUGUUAUAAUAUCAGACUCUUUUCAACUCCUUUUAGUUGACACUAACUUUAUUGGAAUCGACACUUUUAAGUCAUUUCAAAAUUCAUUUAUCUCAAUGAAAGAUUCAUCAACAGAAAUUUUAAGUCAAUGUGUAAUUCAUACAAAAUCACCAAUUUCCAUCGAAGAAUCAUUUUUUACUGUUGGCGUUAAAAAUGAUUGUCUUAGUCAAAGUAUAUUAGAUAUACAAGAAAAUACACAUUUUAUUAUUUCUACGUUAAAAGGUAGUGAAUUAUGGAGAUUAUAUAAUACUAAAUUAAUGUUUACUUCAGUAUUGAUUGAUUAUGCAUUUGAUUAUUGUUUUGAAUUUAUUAUAAGUAGUUCUACAAUUUCUGAUACUUUUAUUGAAACAAAUCAUUUAAAACUUAUUAACAAUAAAAAAAGAAUUAGAUAUUGUCCAAAUUUUAUAUUUAAUAAACAUGUUAUAUGUACACUUAAUGGUACAUAUUGGAAAAACUCAUAUGAUUAUCAAUUAGAAUAUCCUUUUACUCAAAUAGAUUGUCCAUGUUUUGGUUCUGAUUGUUCUAUUAAUACUUCUGUUAAAGAACUUUAUUUUCCAAAUGUACCAAUUACAACAAAAAUUAAUAACUUUAUAACAAAUUUAUAUUUUGAAGAAAACGAUAAUCUUAUUAGUAUUACUUGUCAAUCUCAAAUCGCUCAUUUCCCUGGAAUGGUUUCUUUUCAAUCAAAUUCAACAGAUUUAGUUAUUCAACAAAUUACUCGUGACCAAAAUGGUUAUUAUAUUCUCUUAGAUGAUACUGUAAGUUUCCCUUCUUAUGAAAAAACUUUAUUAACAACUUCAACUUUUUCUGUUAGUGGAAUGUCAUUUACUUUAUAUACAAAAGAGUCAUUUAUUAUUUAUAUGGGAGAUUUAUUUACUAAUUAUGUUUUAGAUAUUAAUUCUAUCUUUCCAAUUCUUCUUCUUUCACUUAAUGGAUAUAAAACUACUGACUCAAACUCAUUUUGUCUUUUUGGUAUUAGUAAAAAUAAUCAAAAUAUUUGUCUUAGAAAAGCUAGUAUUCAAUGUCCUUCUUUCACUUAUCCUAAUUCUGAUUUUACUUCAUGUCUUCCAUGUGUCGAUAUUCAUUGUAAAUGGUGUAAUAAUAAAAUGUGUUUUGUGUGUGCUAAUGACUAUUUAUUAUCAAAAGAUGGUAUUUGUGUUAUGUUAAAUGAUAAGUCUCAUUCAACAAAUAACCAUUUGGUUUAUUGUGAACAAGGAAGAGUUUUAAAUAAUAUGUGUAUUGAUUAUGAUAGUAAUGAUCCUUGUGUUUUAUCAUAUGAAUCAAAAUGUUAUCAAUGCAAUGGAAAUCUUCAUUAUAUUUUAAAUGAUAAUAGUUGUUCUAUUGCAGAACAUUCAUUAAUUGUUAGAACAAAUUCAAUUAUUCAAUGUGAGGAUGGAUAUUAUGAAUUAAAUGGAAUGUGUAUUUCAUGUAAACAAUUUGGAAAUCAAUGUUCUCAAUGUUCAGCAACUAAAUGUGAAAGAUGUAGUGAUGAAACUCCUCUUCAAAAAGAUGGGACAUGUAGAAUUCCUUAUUGCCAAAAACAAGAAAAUGGGAAAUGUAGUAUUUGUGUUGAUAAUUAUUCUACAAAUAUUAUUGGUUAUUGUGAAGAGAAAAUUGAAAAUUGUCAAAUUAGAGCUAUUUCAACAAAAGAAUGUAUAAUUUGUCAACCAGGUUUUGUUCUUCUUAAUGGUCAAUGUUAUAAAUCUAUUCAAAACUGUGAAACUAAUACUCAAGUGGGUUGUCUUAGGUGUGAAAAUUCAUAUUAUGCCUCUGAAGGAGUAUGUAAGCCAUGUGACUCUAAUUGCAGAACAUGCCUUUUAGAGAAAAAUAAAUGUUUUAGUUGUGAUUCUGGAUAUUAUUUAACAAAUCAUAUGUGUGAAACAGAUUCAAUUAUUUCUGAACGAUGUGCAUUCUAUUCUAUUAAUGGUAAAUGUGUAAAAUGUAAAAAUGGAUAUUAUAGAGAUGGAGUUUCAUGUAUUAAUUGUGAUAUUUCUUGCUCAACAUGUAAUAACGCAAAUGGUUGUUUAACUUGUAAUUCAACUAAUUUUAAAAAUAGUGAUAAAGUAUGUGUCCCUAAAUCAACUAUCCAAGGGUGUGCAGUAGAAAUAACAGAAAAAGGUUGUUCUAAAUGUACUGAUGGUUAUUAUCUGAAUAAUAAUAUUUGUGAAAAUUGUUUAGAUUCAUGUGUAUCAUGUACUGAUAGAUUUACUUGUAAUAAAUGUGCUAAUGAAACUGUUUGGUAUUCAGGAAGAUGUAUUUAUUAUAGUAAAAUACCAUAUUGUAUCAAAGCAGAAAAUUCUCGUUGUACUAAAUGUUCGUUUGGACAUACUGUAAUAGAUGAUACGUAUUGUUCUAAUUUUUCACUUCCAUUAUGGACUUUAACAUUAAUUAUAAUAGGAGUCAUCUGUUGCUUGGGUAUUUUUACUUCUAUUAUAGUAUCUCUGACUCUUUUAAGGUUUAGAAUAUUAAAGAAAAACAAAUUAAAGUAUACUUUAGAAAAUAUGCCUAAAACAAAAGUAUUACAAUAUCAUUUAGAUAAUUUUGUUGUAUGUGACUUAAAUGAAAUAAAUUUCGAUUCUUUUAAUAACCCAAUUCCUGUCAGAAGUAUUUCUGUUGAAUCUAUUCAUAUUGGUAAUUCUGGAAAAUAUCCACUUAUAGUCCAACCAAUUCCAAUCAAAAAUAAUAAAUAUAAAAUAAAAUUUAAACCAGCAGUUGUUAACCUUAAACCAAAGAAGAUGUGUAAAAUUAAAGUUUAUAUCUUUCCUUGUUGUACAUUAGAAGAAGAAUCUACUAUUAACGUGCGUGUUAAUAAAAAAACAGUAUCUAAAUCAAAAUGUUGUUCUAUAAAAUUAUCAUUUAUUACUCAACAUUCAUGUUAUAUUAAUGGAGAUGAUUUAAACCAAUUUGAACAAAUUGGUGAAGGAUCAACAGGAAUUGUGUAUAAAGGAUUAUAUAAAAGACAUCAAGUUGCAAUUAAAAAAAUUAAAAAUAUAUUUUUAGACGUGAAUGAAACUGAACAAUUCUUUAAAGAAACACAAUUACUUAACCAAUUUCGCUGUGAUUAUAUUGUUUAUUUCUAUGGAUCAGUUAUUAAUUAUUCAAAUUUUAUGGUUGUUACUGAAUUAGCACCAUAUGGUAGUUUUCAUAAUCUUAUUUUAAAUCAACCUGAUACUUUUAGUAAAAAAUUUAAAUAUAAAUGUUUAUUAGACACUGCACAUGGUAUUCAAUACCUUCAUUCUAAUGGAAUUUUACAUAGAGAUAUUAAAUCGGAUAAUAUAUUAUUAUUUUCUUUAGAAGAAAUAAUACCAAUUAAUGCAAAAUUAACAGACUUUGGGUCAUCAAGAAGUGUUAAUAUGUUAUUAACAAAUUUAACAUUCACAAAAGGAAUUGGAACACCUGCAUAUACAGCCCCAGAAAUAUUAAAUACUAAAAGUUAUAAAAAACCAGCUGAUAUUUUUGCUUUUGCUAUUACAAUGUAUGAAAUAUUAAAUUGGAAACCACCUUAUGCUACUCCUCAAUUUGAAUAUUCAUGGAGUAUAGCUGAAUUUAUUACAAAUGGAAAAAGACUGUUAAAGACUGAUAAAAUAAAUAAUGAAGAAUAUAAAAUUAUUCAGAGAUGUUGGGCUGAUGAACCAAAUAAACGAAUGACUGUAGAAGAAGUUAUUUCUCAACUCCAAAAGUUGUACUCUAAUUAA